UGGUUACAGUUGAGAGGGAUUCAUCGUUCAGGCAGCAACAGGUGCCCUCCGCCCAAACCCCCCCCCACAUAAAGACCGACUCGUGGAUGAAAUGCAGGAAUUCCAGGUGGAAAAUGACCGGUAGAAAAGUUUAAAGAACUUUGUGGCAGAGUUCAAAAGGUGCUCCAUGUGAGGAGACACCGUGACUUGCUCGCAGUCAUGAAGAGGAACAAACAGAUUGACAUCAGGCACGCCCUCGCGCUGGCCGGCACCUUUAACUUCCUGUGCUCCUGUGCCAGAGCCUGCCUGCUCCCCUUCCUCACCCUGUACUUCAGACAGCUGGGUCUAACUCCAGCGAUGACGGGCAUCGUCAUGGGGACUAAACAUCUCAUAUCGGUGGUCUGGAGCCCUGUCGCAAGCGCGCUCUCCAAACACUACAACAAGAGACGAGUGGUGAUAAACGGCUCUCUUGUGUGUUCGGCGGCGGUCGCUCUGGUUCUUCUGCUCAUCCCACCUACAGAUGUGAACACACAGACCAGCGCCUGCAAUGUGUCUGAUCUGAGCAGCGGCCCAACCCCAAAUGUGGGUGGUAACCUGCUCAUGAGCAGCAUUGGACCGUCCAUAUUGUCCCCUACAACUCAACCUAAAGCCAACACAGCUCUUGUGUCCCAGUCUGGCGUCACUUUGCCUGCAAAGACGCUUCCUGACACUAAAUCUGCUCCUGUUGUGACGAGCAAAAUGUCACUUCAUCAGCCUGAUGGAGAUAAAUCGCAUCCUCAGCUGUCACAAGAGAACACAGUCAACAACAGUGCGGGGGAACCAAAGAUCAGUGGUUCCGUCAUACACCGGACCACCAGCUCUGCGGCGGCUCCACUGAGAAACAAGAGGUCCGAGUCCAAAUCAGGGUCAGGAGAACAGCUAGGAGAAAAGACAACAGAGGGGGAGAAAAGGGAGGGCCACUUUGACUUUCUGGGCAGCCUGAAGGUGAUGGACCCUCUGCACCAGCUCUUCUUCUUGAUACUCAUCACUGUGUCGGUGUGGGAGUCUUCGUCAGCCCCUCUGGAGUGGACGGCAGACGACGGGCUGUACGAAUAUCUAGACUACGCGGAUGCUUCGGACCGCUACAGCAGCACCAGGGUUUGGGGUUUACUCGGAGGAGCCUGCGGGGUUGGAGGAGCGGGGUUGCUGGUGAGCCAGUUAAGCUGUGUCAUAGCUGGGCAGACCUCCCGGAGCGCGGUGCAUUUCUACUGCUACGCCGGUGUGGCAGCUCUGGCCCUGCCUGCAGCCACCUACCUCCCUCUCUACCUGAAUAAGAAGCGAGACAGGGCCAACGGGCUCCUCAAAGCCAUGCAGCUGGUGCGUGGCUCACCCCGUGCUCUGCUCUGCGCAGUCACAACCCUGUUGGUCGGGGUGGCAGGGUCCGCCGUGGAUAACUUCCUCCUGUGGCAGAUGCAGGAUCUCGGGAGCACCGAGCUGCACAUGGGACUGUCUCUAGCCCUCGCUCUGCUCUCACAGGCUGCCUUCCCUCUACUGGCUGGCCGAGUGUCCAAGCUCCUCAGCCCGGGAAGGGUGCUUGCUGUGGGGGCCGCGAGUCUCGGGUUUCAGUGCUUCUAUUACUCCUUCCUCUGGGGGCCGUGGGCUGCGCUGCCUGCUCAGGUGUUGAGCUGUUUUAGCAGUGGGGCCCUCUGGUGGGCUGUGAAGGUCCAGUGUGAGGAUGUUGCCACACCAGGGGCUGAGAGGAGUGUGAGGAGGAUCUACAGUGCGCUUUCUCUGCACCUGGGGAGCGCUUUAGGGAGCUUUGUAGGUGGGUUUGUGGUGCAGAGGUUCGGGCUGACGUGGCUGUUCAGAGGAGCAGCAGUGGGUCUUUUACUGUGGUGUGUGUGUCUGCCUCUGCUCCAGUGGAAAGCCCCUCGCCAGCGCAGGAUUAACUAUUCUCGCCUUUUGGCGGCUGAUGCAAGUGAAGCCAGUGACUCUGAGUCUGAACAGGAGAGAGACUGGCUUGAUAAAGCAAUGGAAGAAGACAGAGGCAAUAACAACAAUGGACGGAGGAUAAAGCACUAAAAGAGAGCAGAUAGAUAGUCCCUAGAUAGAAGGGACGUUCCUUCACAAAAUCAAAUCAUAGAAUAAUUUCUAUCAAUAGGGAAAUAAGAAUUAUCAUUCCCCACCAGGUUUAAACUCUCAGUUACAGACAUGUCACUCUUUAUCAUCAAGUAGCAUACUCCAGAGUGGGAUCGCUGAUUUCCUUCUCUGACAGGUUUAAUUAAAAUCUAAGCGUUGACUUUUCAUCAGAAUUGAAUGUUGUGGCAUUCCAGCUGUCUUGCCAUUUUAUCAGUCUGCAGUUAAAGUGUCAGCUGCACUGAUGGACUUCCUCUCCGAGCCACCUGAGCCUUUAUGCACAUUUGCAUAAGCAAUCAUUGUUUUAUAAAGCAAACAAAGGAGCAGGAUUAUGGGUGGGCAGAAGAAGGACUCUGUACCACCAGGCGAGUUCAGCAGCUUACUGUA